AUGGACCAGUUGAACAACAACAACGUCAUCGACAAAAAGCUGGACUUGACGCUGCCAGAACUCGAGGAAUUUUUCCGGGCCAACAUCAAUUCCGAGAAAAAUGAGUCGAGGGACUGUCAAUUCACGUCGUUGAUCGAGAUAAUGACCCUCAUGAACUACAAAGACAAGCCGGAAGUCGACCAAGAGGGUAAGCCGAUACUGCGGCGUACCACAGCUGUGCAUUUCGUGGCCAGGCGCGAUCUACCCCUGGAGAGCCCCAAGAUCCGGACCCUCUUUCGAGUGUACGACAGAUUCGAGGCGAAUUACGUCGACGAGACGGGCUUGAGCCACUUCCACGUGGCCUGCCGAUAUGGCUUCCACGACGUGGUCGAGCGAUUCAUCGAGGCCGGACAGAGUCCGGAUUUUCGAGCUUUAAAAAGGGUAGACCCACCGUUGCACUUGGCUCUGCACCACGGCCACUGGAAGACGGCCGAAUUGCUCCUGAGUCGAGGCCGCGCCGACCCGACCGCGACAAGCAGAGACGGAUUGACGGCCUUGCACGUGCUCAGUCAGAAUCAGAAAUGCGACACGGGCUUGGCGCAGACGUUACUUCAAUUAGGCGACCUCGACGUGCGAGUCGACGCUUGGGACAAAUUCGGCAACACACCGCUGCACCUGGCCCUGCACUGGGGCAACCCCAAGAUGGUCGAGCUGCUGUUGAGGCGCGGCUCCAAUCCGAACUUCGUCAACAACGCCGGGAUGUCUCCGCUGCACGUCGUCUCGAGGCGGGACCGCCACGGCCACCUGGCGGAGCUGUUCUUCGGCGUCGCGGACGAGAUGUAUCUGUCGGUGAAGGUCGACGUCCGGGACAAUAAAGGCAACACACCUCUGCACUACGCCCUGGAACGGGGACUCAAGAGGGUCGUCGAUCUGCUGCUGAGGCGGGGCGCCGAGCCGAAUUUGGCCUGCGCCGACGGUGGCAAUUGCCUACACAUCCUCUGCAGGCAAAAGUGCGACGGAGAGCUGAUCGAGGCGUUUUUCCGAGUCGUCAACGAGAGACUCCAGCUGAUGGAGGUCAACGCCCGGGACAAGCGCGGCGAUACCCCCCUGCACUUGGCUCUACGACGCGACGACAAAGCCAUGGCCGAGAUGCUGCUGAGGAGUGGCGCCGACUCGCUUCUGGCCAACAACGAGGGAGACACUCCCCUGCUCAUGAUGAGUCGAAAUCUCGACGUGUACCGUGACCUGCUGGAUAUACUGAGUAGUCUCACCUUUGAUCAACCUCAAACGGUACAUGUCGACGUCGCGGGCAGUUCGGCCCAGACGGUUACCUACACCGUCGUCUGA